GGCCUGGUUUCACCUGAAAAUUGCAAAGAAGGUUUGUGAUUGAUCUCUUCUUGUCCGUUACUAUUUUAUGCUCAUUUCUUAUACCGCUUUUUUUCCUUUCUCCAGUGAAGAUUUCCUUUCCGAUGAUAAGAAGAAAGGAAAAAAAGAUGAGUGACGCAAAUGGUUUCCCAGGCGUUGCUUGCUCAUACGAAUGUCGGAAAAGCGUGUUGGAGGAUUGGGACAUUGUGGUUGGAAUCGUGAAGGACGGACUGUUCGGUCACUUUGGUUUUAGCUCGUGUCUCUGUUGGGGAUAUUGUGUAAGGGAGCCUGAUGUUGUGAGCAAGAUGGAGCCGCCUUAUCCACCUCUCUUUCUAGCAGCGACAUUGGAUUCUCAUGAGCAAUUCUCAAACCGCUAGUGGUGACGCAGGUUUGUUCAACGGUGGUUCCGGUCUGUGGUUUAAACCACAGUUUUCCAGCGUUUUCGUGAUCGAAAGAGUAGUAAUUCUGCUGGUCUGAGGUUUGUGGACUCAUUUUGGUCGCAAACACUAGCGGUAAUUUUGAUUUCAUGUUGCGUUCUGCAUUUUUCUUUCUCGGUGGUGGUGUUUUUUAGUCUUAGCAUUCUUCCUUACUUUUUUCGACUUGGUGUUCGCUUGUGCUUGUUGUUCCUUUUCGUUCUUACUUUAUAGUUUUUUGGUCUUUUUCUGCUACUUCUUCGUCUCUGUAAUCCUCUACUACAAAUAAAAAUAUUACAAAACU